UCAAAUGGUGCGACCCAUGUACUUUCAUGGCGGGGAGAUUCCCACCGUGAUUGUGAAAUCUACGGAUGAAGUCCCUCGUGUGCUGGGUGUAUUAGAUGUUUUGCCUAAAGAUAAGGAGUAUCUUGUUUGAGGGAGGGUCUCCUGCGCGGACUUGUCCUCUAUUAGCUGGACUGGCUGCUCGGGAGCUUGCUGGAACUCAAGGGGCGAGAGAGGAGGGGUAUCCAUGGGUUGGGGCUUUGACGGCGGGGGUGGGGGAGAGGAGGUGGAGAGUGUUAAGGGGGCGUGUCAGCAGAGAAAGCGCUUAUGGAACGAAGCAGGGGAAUUUUAUAUUGAAUACUUGGUUGGCCGGAGGAUGAGAUGCUGUUAAGUUUAUGGUGGUAUGGGGGAUAUAUAUAUACAGGCAAGAUAUCCAUCAUUAUGGCUUAAAGAGGCUUUAACGUAUCCUCGGGACUGUCAUACAAGAGUCAGCGGGAUUAUAUCGAAUGAACCGAAAAUCC